AUGCCAAUGAAGAAGCAACCGGUCACUAGCUCGGAGGAUGAGAGCAAGGAAGACGCAAAUCAAAAGGAGCCUAAAGUGAUGGAUGCGCGGCCUACGCGCCGCCAUACCGAUAUCGGCUCUACCAAGGACGAGAACAAGGACGCCUCGUCGCGAAAGGCCAAGCCGAAUGGACGCCCCUCCCACCAUGUCGGCUCACACUCGGAGCGAGAGUCGCGCGACGAGAAGACCAAACGAGAGGAGGCGCGCGGCUCGGAGUCGAGCAGUUCGGCGCCGCGCCGCACGCUCCGCAAGCGCAGCGAAGCGUUCUUUUCGUACGACAUCAUGGACUCGGACUCUGAUGACGAGCCGACUGGCGCGACGAAUGCGCACGGGGAGGGCAUCACCGCCGGCGGUAACGAAAAACAGCACAAGAACGGCACGGACGCCGUGCGAGAGGCGAAGCCGGCGAACAGGGGUCUGAAGCGGGAGCCGUCGGCCGCAAGGAAGCCGGCGGACUCGGACGCCGGUGAGCGGCAGCCGAAGAAGAAGCCGCGGCCCACCUCGCCCAAUGGUGACCCGAAGACGACGCCUAAGAAGAAGACCCCGUCGAAGACGGCCGAGGGCACGUUCCUCUCCAAGCUGAAAGAGACGGCGCAGCGGCGCAUCCGCUCAGCCAUGGGCGUUUACGAGUUCGACUCGGACGAGAACCUGGCGUCGCUGACGCUGCGUCAGUCGGCGGCCGACACCACGGUCAAGACGGUGUCCGAGGCGACGUCGACGAGCGAGGACCAGCCGCCGCCGCCGCCGGCCGAACGCUCCACCUGCACCAUCGCCGUCCAGGUCAACAUGGACGAGGAGUCGCAGCAGACUCAGACCCUGGCGCAGCAGCAGCACGGGACCUCGACGCCAGCGCAGGAGCAGACGCCGACGCCGGUGCAGCAGCAGGCGCAGACACCAGCGCAGUCCCUGCGCGUGCCUCUCACUCAGUCGCUGCCGCAGCCUGCGGUGCAGUCGCUCGGCCAGCUGUUCACCCAGUCCGCCGCGCAGCGACCGACGCAGCCGCCCAGCCAGACGGCGGUGCAGUACCAGCUGGGCGCGGCAGGCCUGUUCGCCGGCGCCGUGCCGGCGGUCUCCUACGCUGCCAGUCCGUACUCUCUGCUGCCGGUCGCUGGCUUCCAGCGAGUCGCGACCUCCGACAGCCGCGCUGACCUCCUCGACGGCCGCUCCCAAACCCGCUUCGGUGUCGGCGUCGACCUCUCCUCGUCGGCUGCAAUCGCCUACCGUGACGUCACAGCGUCCAGCGGCAGCGACCCACUCUCCUCUGGUUGGGCCGCCGUCUCCUCAGACGACAGCCCAGGCGGUGGCGGCGGCGUCGACGACACCGGAGAGCGGGUCGCCGCCGCUCUCGAGCGCGCCGACGACUCGGGACGCGAGGACGCCUCCACGCCGCAGAGCCGGCGCUCGUCGCAGAGUCCGGCGCCCGCCAGGCGGGUGCGCAAGAGCUCGUCGCUGGAGCUGGGCGCGCUGCAGGAGGCGCCCGUGUUCCGGCCGAGCGAGCGCGAGUUUGCCGACCCACUCAGCUACAUCGAGAAGAUCCGACCACAGGCCGAGCAGCAUGGCCUCUGCCGCGUCGUGCCACCGCCCGGCUUCAAGCCCGAGUGCCGCGUGCACGACGACAUGCGGUUCGUGGCGUACAACCACUACGUGCACAAGGUGUUCCGCCGCUGGGGACCCAACUUCCGCGAGCUGCUGGCCAUCCGGCGACACCUGGAGCAGCAGCAGAUCGACAUGGAGGACAUCCCGCUGGUGGGUGGGAUGGAGGUGGACCUGCCCGGCCUCUACCACACGGUGCAGCGGCUGGGCGGGCUGAACGAGGUCAUCACCGGUCGCCGCUGGGCCGCCGUGGCGGAUCUCAUCAACAUCCCCAAGUGCGCGCAGGACCGCGCCGCCAAGCUGGACCAGAUCUACUGCAAGUUCCUGCUGGGCUACACGGCGCUCACCGAGGACGAGCGGAAGCGGCUGCGUAUCGAGGUGGAGACGGAGUGGCGGCGCCGCCAGCAGACGGUCCAUCGUCAGGAGGAGGACGAGGACAGCGACGAGGAGGACGACGACUCCUCAGAGUGCAUCGUCAAGGGCAAGACGGUGAGCCUGAGCGCCUUCUACCGGGUGGCGCGUAACACGGCGUCGCUGCUGUUCAAGCAGAGCGACCCCAAGCCGGAGACGGUGGAGGAGGAGUACUGGAAGGUGGUGAACGAGCGCGACCGCCACGUGUGCGUCUACUCGGGCAGCAUCGACUCGGGCGUGCAGGGCUACGGCUUCGUGUGCGACAAGAAGUCGCAGACGUCGCGGCUCGCCUGGAACCUGAAGGUGCUCAGCAACAACGCCGGCUCCGUGCUGCGCUCCAUGGGGCAGGUCAUGGGUGUGACGGUUCCCACGCUACACAUGUCCAUGGUGUUCACCACCGGCUGCUGGUACUCGGACCCGCACUCCCUGCCCUGGAUCGAGUACCUGCACACCGGCGCCGGCAAGAUCUGGUACAGCGUGCCGGCGACGGCGAGCGAGGCGCUGCGGCGCGAGCUGACGGAGCUGAUGCCGGGCCACCUGCGCCGCCAGCCCGUCUGGCUGCCCUCCGACACGGCCAUGGUGCCGCCCGACCUGCUGGCCGCCCGCGGCGUGCCGGUGAGCCGGACGGUGCAGCAGCCGGGCGAGUUCGUCGUCUCGUUCCCGCGUGCGUUCACCGCCUCGCUCGGCACCGGCUACACGCUCUCCGAGUCGGUGUUCUUCGCCACGCCCGACUGGCUCGACUCGGCCACCGACGUCUACGACAAGCUGACGGCCAGCGGCGAGCCGGGCAUCUUCUCGCUGGACCGGCUGGUGCUGGGCGUGUGCAGCGACCCGCGCGCGCCGCUCGAGGCGCUCACGCGCUGCCGGCCGCUGCUGCUCGACAUCCGGCGCCAGCAGAACGACAGCCAGCAGCGCCUCCAGCAGCUCGGUGUGGCGCAGCGGGCCAAGAUCUCGGCCAAGAAGGCGGCCAGGUCGCGCAAGGCGGCCGCGCACGACGAGGACGACCGGGAGUGUGACACGUGCCGGCGCACCCUCUACUCGGCCAUGGUGGAGAACACCGAGGACGAGCUGACCUACUGUCUGGAGGAUGCGGCCGAGAUGCUGCGCAAGCCGGAUGCCCGACCGAACGCCCUGCGCCUGCUCCAGAUGUACACCCAGAGUGACUUCGACGAGCUGAUCAACCGGGUGGAUGAGAAAAUUGCUGAGCUGGGUUCCAAACAGGGCUCGGCCAAGAAGAAGUUGAAGAAAUCGUGAGCCUGGGAGUGGAGUGUGUCAUUGGUGAUCUCAGGGGACAGCAGUGGUAAGAGCGAGCGUUGUUGCUGGUACCCGUAAUCGUGGUACGAGUGCUUUCGUGCUUCGGCAGAACGCCUCCGGAAAUUCGUUUUUGGGCGUCGCCUGACGUCUAUUUGGAACCCUGCAUGGAUCAGCAGUUGGCUGAGAGGGUGCGUUGUAAGAUAUGUGUGGCUACCUAGCCAAUCAUGUACUUGUCGAACCAUGUUCUUUCCUAGAUGAAAAGGAAACCAUAGAUCUGGGAAUUUUGUGAGCAUUGCUUUAUGUCAGGAGGGUUCGGUGGCGAUCGUGAUGAGUGAUUUUAUCAAAACGUGCGUUGUUCACUCACGUCCAGGGUCUGCGGAAUGAUGACGAGUGAGAAGUUGUGCUUUCACUUAUGCCUGCUGCGUUGCCGACUCCUCAGAGCCCUGUUGCCGUGGCUUUGGGGGCAAGGUGCUUACCAAGUACUUAACAUCCCGUUUCUUCUUUCCUUGCUGCGCUUGUCGGUCGCCGCGUGUGUCAUGCUAUGAACCUGUCUUUCUGACGUGUGAGAACAAUAUAGGUAUGGCCUA